UUUAAACCCAUCCUCUGUGUGCUGACGUCACAUGGAAACCAGCUGCUGGGAUGAUGCUAAACGGAACUGUUUUUCAGUUGGCAAGAAGUUGCAAAGUUGAUCUAACAGAGUUCCAAAGGCUGUUGUGGCAGAGAAGUUGAUGCCUUUCCUUUCUUUGAAGAAUCAAUAUUUCCCGUAUAGGAAGUCCUUAACUGUUUUUGCUGCUGCUUUAUGCUUGUACUAAUUUAACUUGCAAAGGGAUCCUUCUGCCAUAAAAGGUAUAAACAGAUAAAGACUUUGCUGGACCCCAGUUCAGUUUUGGAAAGUGCUUGAAGCCAUGUUGAGAGAGGAGGUGGGAAAACACCAAACUCCUUGGGGCUUCACAGUCUAGUGACAGUUCUGGGUGAGAUCUGGAAAGUGAACAGGCAGGAUGCUGCAUUGCACAGGCAAAUAAGGCAACUCCUGAUGUAAUAACUUCCACAUUCGCUCAAAGCUUAGAAGUGAAAAGAGGACACAGGUGCUUCUCAGUGGACCCACUGCAGGCAUGGAGCUACAGACACAACUGGAGAACAUGACGGAGAGGAACUGGAACAAAGAGAAAAUGGAACUCCUGGAGCGUUUCGACAAUGAAAGGAAGGAGUGGGAAUGUCAGUGGAAGGUCAUGCAGAAGAAAAUCGAAGAGCUUUACCAGGAGGUGAAAUUAAGGCGUGAGAGCAAUAUGAAUGCCUUUGAGAAUAAAGCCAUUCAUAACAAGGCACCGCAGCAGUCUCAUUUCCCCACUUUAGAAUGGAGUGACACACCAGGACUGAACUCUUGGUCACUAGACAAAGCGAGCAUGCUCCCCAGGGCAGAGAAGGAAAGCAAGGACACGAGAAACAGGAGGAGAAACAAUGCUCUUUCAAAGGAUAAUCUGGACUUUGAGAGUUCCAAGGAAUCUGGAGACUUCCCAGGCUUGAAAACAACCAAGAAUUAUACCCAGGAUCUCAAUAUUGCUCUCAAAGAGCUUGCCAAAGUAAGUGAAGACUUGUGCAGCUAUCAAGAGGAAAUCCGUAAGAAGUCCAAUCACAGAAGAAAGAAGUUGUUUCCUUUUUUGGAAGAAUCUGUAGAGACUGAAAACAUACCAGAGGUAAACCACACAAAUAACAAGGACACACAACCAGUUUCAACUGCUGCUGAAAAAGAAGAACAAAAUAACAGGAAGAACUUGAUGGGCACCAGCAGAUGUUUGAAGGAGAUGCCACCCAUUGGAGGGGUUGAGAAAACCAGCUUUUUGCCUUGGCAAAAAAGAGAAGCUCCUCCUGUCCCUCCAAGAAGCACUUCUCGGCAUUUGACAAACUCUCUUGCGCAUGUUUCUGAAGCAUUAGCCAAAGAUACAGGGCACAAGACCAAUGGUAAGACCCAGGACUAUCUGGACGGGAUCCCAGCUAUUAAUCCACCUUUUGGAAAGCAAACACAUGCUUCAGUACUACCGACAAAUGAAUGGAAAUCAGUUACUGGGCCUGCAGGGGUUACCAUAGUGCCCACCACAGAACAAUGGGAUCCAUCCCUUGAAAGCAAGUUUCCAGCAGGCUUUUGUCACAACACGUGGUCUUGUGAUACAAGCCCAGUUGGGGAUUGUCCCAGGAAUGGUUCUUUCUCACACUCUGUCCAGAAGAGCUGUUCUGAUGGAGAUAUGGUGCCCCAGCAACAGCACCCCAAACUUCAGAGUGGCGUGCAUUAUUCCAGUGACAUUUACACUCCUGCAUGUGACACUCUGGGUGAUUCUGGCUAUGGAACUGGAAAGACUCAGCGAAAUGAAACACUGGAAGCUAAAAUCGAUGAGUUUAACAGGACUGUGUUCCACACAGAUAAAGGCCAAAGGUGUCUGCAACAGACCCAGAUGCUGCCAGUACCAUCAGGAGAUCCUAAACCCCACUGCAUACUAGAAGACAGAACACAAAAUGAAGAAGAGUCAACCUCUAUUGUGAAUCCUGGGUUACCUUCCAGAAAGGAAGGAAAACCUUCCAAACCCAACAAGCAUGUCAAAGCAACAGGGCAGCAAAAGCAACUAAAUGGAUUUUUGAGUGGCUACCAGCAUAUGCUCCAUGAGCAUGACUGGAGGCCAAGCAAUUUGUCUGGCCGCCCACGGUCAGCUGACUCCAGAUCCAACUAUGGUGUUGUUGAAAAACUUCUGAAGAACUAUGAAAAAUCAACUUCCUUGUGGAGCUCAAGGUUGCAGAAAGAGCAGUGGAUGCAGCCUAAUUCUGAAUCUGCUGAUGGUGGCUCUGAAAAAUCGGGUCCUUAUUUUGAAAUGUUCCAGGCAGACCAAGGAAAGCAGGAGCAGCAGAAGAAUUCAAUCAGGCACAUUGGACUUUAUACCAAGCAUGGCAAAGAGAAGCAGAAAUUUCCUGAGGUAUUUGUGCCAGCCAAACAGUCAAAUGGGAAAGGCUUCUCUCGGCCAGCCCGGCCAGCAAACAGACGCUUACCUUCCAGAUGGGCUUCCAGAUCUCCUUCAGCUCCACCUGCUGUGCGAAGAACCACUUUGAAUGAACUCUCCUGAACUUUUGUGGAGGGGUCUCAGUGAGUCUAAACUCAAGAAUCGACUUGGUGGCAUUGCAAGAGCUUCAGAAUUCCACAUGGACUCUCUUUUCCAUGUUCUUGACCACAACCAGUUCUAUGCAAUUGCAUGUUGGUCAACAGUCUUUUUGACUUGCUGGAAAAAUUCUUAGAUAUCCUUAUAGUCUUCAGUGUUUUUAUCAAUUAGAUAAGAAUGCCCUUCUACCGCCAUCCAUUUGUAUAUAUACUUUUAUAGCUCACAGUCCUUUUUCCUUUGAAUGACAUAUGCCAAUAUCCAUCUCCCCAAUCAGUUAAAAAUUAAAUACUAUAUAGUUAUGUAUAUUCUUACUUUUCCCACAAAUGGCAGGAAGAAAUGCUGUAUGCAUGAUCAUGUGUUUGUAAGUGCAUGUGUUGGGAUAGGAAGUAUACUGGUCUGUAUUUAGAAGAGACAAACUCAAUGCUAGUGUUGACCCUAAAAUUAUAACAUAUGCCUAUAUACGUACAUACGCAAACCUUUGUGGUUUCUUUUGAAGGUCUGAAAAUGCAUAGCUCUGGUAAUAAUUAUAUUUUGUAUAUCUUUUACAGGUUCCACAUGUCUCGUAUUUGAUAUACAAAACUGGAUUAUUUUAUAAUUAUGAUAUCAGUGAAAAGGCAUUGCACAUGUGUACAAGAAUCUCAAUGGAUUGGUUCUUGGCUGCUUAUUGUCCCCCUUUUCCUUCUUCACUUCUCUUAACUUUACAGUACUAGGUCCAUAUGAGCUGGGCAUAUUUUUCUGAAUUAAAUUAUACACUAUUUAUAACUGCAUUAGUCUUUUUCACAGUGCACAGACAUUCCUAAAAAUGGUCAGCUAUCUUAAAAUGCUUGUGCGUGCCAUUCCCUGUAACAUAGUUCAGAGACUGGGCUACAGUAGAUUUAUUUAAUCAGCAAUAUGUAUUGUAGAGAGGAGAAAGAAUGAGACAGGUGUCCACACAACAUCUUGUGGUACAAUGAAACCUGAUUAGAAUCAUCAGGUUUUCAGUACAACUUGUCCCAUGUCCUGAUAGCUCCAUCUUGCCUACUUCCAUCAUUGAUGUAAACCUGAGGUGGUGGAACUCACAUGGUAAUCAUGUCCAGAAAUGAACUACAGGAACUGGAGAGGAGGGUAACCUGACAGUCAGAUGCUGUUUUUGGUGAUGACCUUGUGGGUCUUCGUAAAGUUUCAUUUCACCAUAUAGCACUUUUACCCUUUCCCUUAUGGGUUCGGAUCCAUCAUUAUGGUGCCUCAAAUGUUAGACCUGUUCCUGAGUAUAUUUGACCUGCAGUUUUCAAGAAUGGCACCAAUUUUUCCCUAUCAGCUCUAGUUUUUGAGAUACAGCAUAAAUGCCAUAUAUUUCUUCAUUCUGGUUGCCUGUCAAAAAUCAGGAUAAUUUAAUGCCGUGUUUUAUUUAAUCUCCUUACAGCAUGAAAGAAAGACAUUAAAUUUUUUAAAAAUGAAAUACACUAAAUCUACUUAUUUCAAACCAAAAGCACAGGUUUAUGAUACAAACAUUCCAAUCAUUCAACACAGAAGAAGCUCCUUUUGCCAGAUUUCUGGGAGUGGGAUCUGCUAGGACAAUCCCAUAUAAGGUUCCAAGAUUACUCUGCCAUCAUGUGUGCAUCCCAUCUUCCUUGGUAUCUGCCUUCCAUUGUUUUUAUGUCUUGAUGAAAUAUUUCACCUUGCUCUUCGCUUAAGUCACCAAGGUUUUCUGGAAAGUGAUCUAAGUGACUGUGCAGAUAAUGGAUUUUAACACUCAUUUUACAGCCCAGCCCGUUGAAAUGAAAGCAUCUCCUCUCCUAACUGAGUAUAGCUGUCUGCCUUCUUGUUGCCAAGGAAGUUUUUCACAACAAGAACAAAUAAAGACCAGGCACAAGAUUUGAUUUCAUUCAUUGAUUCUAUGCAAGGCGGGCCAUUUAUGAGCUGUCUGAUCUGUGACCCAUCAAAAAUUUCUGCCUUCAGUUUUUCCAUGGUAAGUCCAGGUAAUUUAUGCACUAUGCAUUCCAAGCAUGAACCAUCUUUAUUCAAAGCCUUUACAAAUAGUUUCAUCAGGCCUAGCUUUAUAUGUAAUGUAAAUGUAUCAUAAUGAUGGCAGGAUGAUUCACACACUUCCUGUACUAUCAUAGCUAUAACACAGUUAGUAAACUACCCUUUAGAAUCCCAAUGUUUAAGUUGGAAGUAUGUAAGCACUCUCACCAUAUCUGCUACCUUUUAUGCAGAAACACAAACUAGGUGACAGAAGGACAAGUUGAUCAGCAAGAUCUUUUCAAAAACUGACUAAAAAUUAUAUAAAUUUGACCGUAUCUAAGAAACUAGAGCUGAUGCAGUCUAGCCAAUGUAAUUUUCUCAAUCAGCACCCCAAAUUACCCCAAGAACAGAUCUAAAAGCAAGGCACCAAGAAAAAAGACUUUUUUUGUUGGACUGUGAAUUAAUCAAGCUAACCUCAAUGGAACUUGCAUUAGUAGUGACUUACUUCUACCAUUAACUUCAAGGGGCCUAAACUUGGAUCCAACCACUGUCUUUUAAAGAUGUAACCAGAUCUAGUGUGAAGAGGUUGCAGCAGUUAAUAUUAGGGCUUGCCAAUUAUCAAAUGGAUUGAAUCUAGUUUUCCCUCUGCUAUGAUUGACCAGAUUGCAGUCCAGGACUUGGGUCUGCCAAGGUAAUGUUUCUUGGUUUUGAGUAGCCACAGAAGAAUAAGCAACGUGCUACCUUUCAUCUGCCCUUUCUAAUCUGCAACUUGGCUUCCAACAGCCAAGGCAACUGCACCCAUUCAGCUCCCCUGAAUGAUGUGAGUGGCCCUGGGACAGGAGGUUUGUUUGCGUUCUGGCACAAGUCUGAUAUACAGUACAUAAAUACUGCAUCAAGAUAGGAUUGCCGUGGUGCCAGAAAUCCUAGACCAAUGGUAUUAGAAGCAUGUAUUUGCCAUCAUCUGUCUCUGUUGUUGACUGAUAGUAUGCUAUGUGUGUAGCCUAGUUUAUUUCCCUUCUCCCCAGUCUGAAUGAAAGAUCAUGCCUGCUAAAGCGCCUUGUUAAAGGUAAUUAAAAAUGCCUUCUUCCACUUGAUAGAUUCUCAUCCCUCUUAGAACUGCAUGAGAGGAGGGUGAACAGCAGCCGCCUGGCCUGCUAGGAACAAGGAGGCAGUGGUCUCUUGCGUUUCCUUCCGCAUUUCCUUUUGGAACAGAGAGCGUGGUGCAGGCAUUUCGGACACUCUUCAACAGCACAGUUGCAAAUGGAGAGGACGAGUAGGCUUUGGUUUCUUCUUAAGUGGAUUGUAGCGUUCUUGGGAAAAUUGCUGUGUUAACCCAGAUAGUGAGUUGGUUACCUUUGUCUUGUCAUAAGAACCAGAAUAGAUCUGUGUAUGUGCUACA